AUGGAGCAGCUGUGGAACUUGCGGGCCCGCCUGCAAGAGUGGGAGCGCUCGUUCGCUGUACAGCACGGGCGGCGGCCGGGCCAGGAGGACGUGGAAGCGGCGCCUGAGGAGACCCGCGCUCUCUACCGCAAGUAUCGCGCCCUGAAGCAGACUAUGAGCCAGAGGGGCGGUGGGCCCCACAGACCCAAGCAGUUACUCUCCACUGCAGCCAAGGAGGCUCCAGAGUCUGGCUGCUGGGGAUCCCACCUGAAUCGGGCUGCAACACAGAAUCCACAACCUGCUCCAGUGCUGAGCCCCCAGGGAACUGCACAAGAGUAUGGGAAGAGACUUAAGACCAAUCUGAAGGUCACUCUGCAGGCUGAGCCAGCCCUGGGCUGCAGGCGCCAGCCUCCAGGAAGACUCUUGUCCAAGAUGCCCACCCUAAAGCCAGUAGGCCCAGGGACUCCUCCCGCCUCUCCAGAAGAACUCAUCAGUGCACUUACCAAGCCUUCUGAGCCCCAGCCAAGGCCAGGACGACUCCAGCAGCUUCGGGCAUCCCUGAGCCUACGGCUGGGCUCCCUACACCCUGGCUGGUUGCAGCGGUGUCACGGUAGACCCUUGGAUUCCCUGGAAACCUCUGAGGCCUGUGGCACAGAGGAGUCACAAUCUCUGACCCCAGGGGAAUUGGCAGUCUUUGGCUCCAAUACUUGCCCUGAGACACCUUCUCAAGGCCCAGAUGUGCCACAGGCAACACAAACCAGUGCAGGGAGGCCCCAGCUCAGCAGCCAUAGAGUCAAGAAGCGAAGGUGGACUAAGGAGAAUGGCAGCAGUCCUGUGCCGGCCCUGUUGGACAGCAGCCAAGCAAGACUCCAGUCUGAAGGGGCUGGGGCUGCAGUUUUUGAGGACCCAAUAGGGGGUGCUAUACAGGCCCAGCCAUCUCAGCUGUACUGUGGCACUUCAAGGCCAGCUAAAGCAGAGAAGGCUGAGAUCACAUCCCGCCCCCACACCUCUCAAACAACCACCCUGGAGAAGGGUAACUACGUUCGGCUCAACAUGAAGCAAAAACGAUAUGUGCGGGGUGGAGCCCUUCGAGGCAGGCUCCUCCGAAAGCAGGUAUGGAAGCAGAAGUGGCAGAAGAAAAGAGAGCAUUUUGGGGGUGGAGGGCCCAGAGCCAUAGUUGAGGAGUCUUGUUUCCGAUGUGGGCAGUUUGGCCACUGGGCAUCCCAGUGCCCUCAGCUAGGACCCACCUUGCCUCCCCAGAAGGACGGUGAUGAGGACAAAGAUGAUACACAGACUUUUCCCACUGUGGAGGAAGUAACCCAAAGGAUAAAUACUGCUUGCUUCGACCUCCCCAGUAAGGACACAGAGCCUGCUGGGCCUGAGUUACAGGUACCACACACAGUCUCCUCAGUGCUGCCUUUGUACCCACCAGGGCCCUCUGGGCAGGUAGUAGAGACACCAGCUGAGGUAUUCCAGGCCCUGGAGCAACUCGGACACAAAGCCUUCCGCCCUGGGCAGGAGCACACAAUCAUGCGAAUCCUGUCUGGCAUCUCCACACUGCUGGUGCUGCCCACUGGCGCUGGCAAAUCCCUGUGCUUCCAGCUUCCUGCACUGCUAUAUGCCCAGCGUAGCCCCUGCCUCACACUUGUUAUCUCUCCCCUCUUGUCUCUCAUGGAUGAUCAGCUAUCCAGCCUGCCUCCAUGUCUCAAGGCUGCCUGCCUCCAUUCAGGCAUGACCAAGAAACAACGAGAGUCUGUCCUACAGAAGGUACAGGCAGCCGAGGUCCAUGUGCUGAUGCUGUCCCCUGAGACAUUGGUUGGGGCUGGUUCCAGGGGCCCUAUUAGCCUCCCUCAGGGUGCCAGGCUGCCCCCAGUGGCCUUUGCCUGCAUUGAUGAGGCCCACUGCAUCUCUCAGUGGUCACAUAACUUCCGGCCUUGCUACCUGCGCAUUUGCAAAGUGCUUCGGGAGUGUAUGGGUGUGCAGUGCUUCCUGGGCCUAACAGCCACAGCCACCCGUCGCACUGCCCAUGAUGUAGCCCAACACCUGGGAGUAGCCAAGGAACUGGGUCCCAGAGAGGCAGCUGUCAUUCCUGCCAACUUGCAUCUGUCUGUGUCCAUAGACAGAGACCCAGAACAGGCUCUGGUGACACUGCUGCAGGGUGACCGUUUCCGUACUCUGGAUUCUAUCAUUGUUUACUGUAACCGGCGUGAGGACACAGAGAGAGUUGCUGCACUCCUCCGAACCUGCCUAUUUGCAGGGCAGGACCCAAAGCUCAGAGGUCGAACCCCCACAGAUGUGGCUGAAGCUUACCACGCUGGCAUGUGCAGCCGGGAGCGGCAGCGAGUGCAGCGGGCCUUCAUGAAGGGUCAGCUGCGGGUCAUAGUGGCCACAGUGGCAUUUGGGAUGGGGCUGGAUCGACCAGAUAUUCGGGCCGUGCUGCAUCUGGGGCUGCCCCCAAGCUUCGAGAACUACGUCCAGGCUGUGGGCCGUGCUGGGCGUGAUGGACAGCCUGCCCACUGCCACCUCUUCCUGCAGCCCCAGGGUGAGGACCUCCGAGAGCUACGCCGUCAUGUGCAUACCGAUGGUGCCGACUUUCUGGCCAUGAAAAAGCUGAUGUGGUGUGUGUUCCCGCCCUGCACCUGCACCCAGCAGGAAAGGAAGGAAGGAGGCAACAGUGAGACAAGGCCUGCAGCUGAGGCCCUGCCUCAGGAGGCCAAGCAACAUGAUGGCUGCCCAGCAGACUCUGGGCAGGGUCGGGCCUGCCCAGGACAUGAGCGGGCACUCCCAAUGCAGCCAACGGUGCAGGCCCUGGACAUGUCAGAAGAGGCCAUUGAGACUCUGCUGUGCUACCUGGAGCUUCAUCCACAACACUGGCUUGAACUGCUGCCAGCCACUUAUGCCCGCUGCCAUCUGUACUGCCCUGGGGGUGCCAACCAGCUCCAGGCCCUGGCCCGUAGGUGUCCACCUGUGGCUGCAUGCUGGGCCCGGUGGCCACCUGAGAACACAAAGCAGGGCAGCUGCUCCAUGGAGUUCAAUGUGGUGGAGCUGGUGGACUCAAUGGGCUGGGAGCUGUCCUCCGUGCGGCAGUCUCUCCACCAGCUGCAGUGGGACCAAGAGCCUAGAUCAGGUAUGCUGCAGAGUACUGGAGUGCUUGUGGAGUUUGGGGAACUGGCCUUCCACUUGCGCAGUCCUGGGGACUUGACAGCUGAGGAGAGAGACCAGAUCUGUGACUUUCUGUACAGCUGUGUGCAGACCCGUGAGCACAAGGCUCUGGCCCGUCUUCGCCAAAUAUUCCAGGCUUUUCACAGUGUGGCCUUCCCCAGCUGUGGGCCCUGCCUAGAGCAGCCUGAUGAGGAGCGCAGUGCUCGACUGAAGGCCCUGCUCAGCUGCUACUUUGAGGAGGAAGAAGAGGAGGAAGAGGGGUGUGUGGACAGGCAGAGCCCAGAACCAGGGCAGGCCCAGCUCCAGGACUGGGAGGACCAGGUUCGCCAUAACAUCCGCCAGCUCCUGUCCCUGCGGCCAGAGGAGAGUUUCUCAGGCAGGGCUGUGGCCCGAAUUUUCCAUGGCAUCGGAAGCCCCUGUUAUCCUGCUGAGGUGUACGGGCGGGACCAACGCUUUUGGAGAAAGUAUCUGCAUCUAAACUUCCAUGGUCUGAUGCGCCUGGCCACAGAGGAGCUCCUAUUGGCAGGCCGAUGACUGCCCUCCUAGGAAAGUGCUUUCCCACAGGGAGACACUAGGCUGGGCCAUGUGGCCAGUGACUGACCAUUUGGCAAAGCCCACAAACAAUCUUAAGGAAACAAGGAGGCUCCAGUGUACAGAAUAAAUGUGUUCAAGUCA